CCCCGGAAAGGCUCGGCCCGGCUCGGCCCCGAUGGAGGAGCUGCCGCCUGAAGUAGUGGUUCACAUCCUGAGCUUUUUAAAUACGGCGGACAAACACUCGGUCCGCUGCUGCUGCCGCUCUCUGCAGCUCCUCUCAGACCACCCGGCUCUGUGGCGCCAGUACACGGUCUUCCUCACCGACCUGCGCCGCUACACCUACGGCUUCUGGGACACGCUGAGCCGCCGCAGGAUCACCAGAGUCGCGGUCCGUCACCUUCGCCGUAAAGAGUGGCGUCGCCUGAUCACAUUCCUGCCAUCUUUAACCGCCAUCGUGUUUGUGGACGGAGGGCGGCUCUACAGAGAGAAGUACCUGGUGAAUCUGUCGCGUUUCCCGGACCUCCGAGAUUUGGGAGUCCGGAACGCCACGUGGGAAGAGCGCAUGCUGAGCUGGAGCCUGGCUGACCAGCUAAGAGAGCGCCUGACCCACUUGAGUGUGUGUAACGUCCGUCUCCCUUGGCCUGUUGAGUUCAUCUCUGCUGCAUCUCGUCUCAUAAACCUGCGCUCGCUGCUGUUCCACCAACAUGCCGAAGGGCUAGGGGGCGCCACCAUCCGGCCGGUGCCCUGCUUAGCCUUCCAUAAAUUGCUACAGAAUCUGACCCAUCUGCAGUACCUGUCCUGGGGCAUGAAGGGAGAGCCACCGGAGCCUCUGGAGGAGGACUACUUCUGCCCUCCAGAUCCACAGCUUACAGACGAGGAUGAGUGGCGUUAUGGUGGCCCCGCCCUCACUUCUCUGGAGCUGGUGGAUUACCCAGAGGCCAUCCUCCCUGAGAGCGCUUUGGAGCAUCUGUCAUCUCUGAGAUCUCUCACCGUCAGAUACAAGUCCAUCCACCAGGGACUCGAGUGCAGACUCAAGCACUGGCUCUCCCCUCUCACACAGCUGCAGGACCUCACCAUCGCAGGAGGCCAUGCAAUCUCAAACUACGCGUGCUCCAUCCCCCCCACAGUGACCCGGCUCACGCUGCGUUUGAGCCUGACGCUGAAGGACAUGGAGAUCAUCGCGCCCAGAGUCCCAGGCCUCACGCAUCUCGACAUAGAACAGAACCGCUCCAGUGGCUCCCUCUGCAGGCGGAUCCCAGCUCUGUUUCCCCACCUCCGGUCGCUGCGGUUACGGUUUUUGCGCCGUGAGCCGGAGAAGGAUCUGCUGAACCUGCACCGUCUGCAGCACCUGGAGAGACUGGACCUGUUUGUGCACCGUUGUUGUCUGAAUGGGAAGUACUGGCCUACACCCUUCGUCAAGACUCUAAUUGAACAACUGCAAGAACUCACCCAGAACAGAGUGAAAGUCUGCACCCAGAGGCCCCCGAGAGACAUGCUCCGAGACUGUGACUGUGUGUAUGAGGACCACUAAGGAGGAGGGGCAAAGUAUGCACCUGUACUCAAGGGGAGGGGUCUAAGACUCACCUGUACAGGGGAUGAGGGACUAAGACUCCCUUGUCACAGCUGUACUGAGGAGGAGGGGCCUAUAGUGUACCUGUAAUGAAGGGGCGUGGCCUAAGACUCCCCUAUACAGAGGAGGAAGUCACUUAGACUCACCUGCACUGAGAGGGAGGAGCUAAGAUGCACUUGUACUAAGGGGGAGGGGCCUAAGACUCCCCUCUACAGAGAGGGCAGGCCAAACACUCUCUUGCCACACCUUGAAUGAAGAGGGAGGAGCUUGAAGUGCACCUGUACUUAGUCCGAGGAACUUAAGUUGCAUUUGUACAAAGCACUUUUGCUGAACUGGAAAAUACUUUAUUUUUUUGUAGAUAUUUAGUUGGCUAAAUGGAAUUCUCAUUUGUUUGAUUUUAAGAGAAUGUUUGCACUUCACAGCUCUCAAAAGUAUAAGUAUUUCUUUGGGCUGAAUAAAAUCACAUGCAUCUUCUGGCACAUCGCCCACUCCUAUCUGGACCAUUGAAAAUCACCAAGUAAUUAAAACAUUUAUUUGCUUUUACUUUAAGUUUUAAAGGUGCUUUUUGGAAUAAAGCUGCAUUAUGGUUAUUUAGUUACUGCAUAGCUGGUUAGCCUCUGUUGAGCGUUUUUAACAUUUUUAAUAUUUUAUUUAGUGAAAAUAAAUGGGAAAUUUACUUCCAGAACCAGUGAAGACUUCGAAGUGGCUGGGUCUGUUUAACUCCAUACUUAGAAUUGCCUGUCUGUGAACAUUUGUCCAGAAUCCAAUUCUGGAUGUAAAAUCCCAAUUUUUUUUUUUGUAGAUUUGUUUGGAAGCUCUGUAAUAUUGUUUUUGUAUAGUUUAAAAAAAAAAAAAAAGCAAUGUGAAAAUAUAAGUUAAGUUGGAUCAAGGGUAAUUCAUUUUAAUUUAAAAAGUAAAUCUGAAACAUAAUAUUGUGCCCUUUUUUCUAUUUUUUUUUGGGAAAAUUUAUGGGCAAAUUUAAUUUUUUUUUUUUUUUUUUUACUUUCAGAAUCUGAGCUCUGUGGGGCUAUAGAGAUGCUGUAUUGUCACUUUUUGACUGAGAAAUUUAAUGAUAAAGUUCCAAAUAUCAUUGAAUGUGGUCAGACUGAUUAUCUGCUGUUGUCAUAAUACCAGCUCUAUUUUGAUACUAAUGAAUGAAUGAAUGGACUCCAUACUAAAUUGGAUACUACGAUCAUAAUAAACAUUAUUUAGAUAACAGAAUGUAAUUUUCAACAUUAAAUAGUAGUUCUUUUUUAUAUUUCCAUGUGGCCUUAUAUCCUUCUUGUCCUUGUAGGUUCCAUAGUGGUCCAUGGGUGUAAACUCGUCUAUGUGCUCUAUUUGUUCUGAUACAAGAUCAUUCUAAAACUAUUCAGGAGAGGUUCAAUUCUGUCCUGUGAAUGGGACUUGAGUAUCAAUAGUAUCUGAUUUGAUACUUUUGACAGCCCUACUGUGAAUUUGGAUUUGUCAUAAAAUACAUGUUUACAAAAGUAC